AAAUCAUCAUCAUCAUGAUCAUCAUCAUCAAAUACAUCAACUUGACAAAGCUGGUUUGUAUAAUUGUUAUCUUCUAACUUCAAUCUAUGGAUUGGAGGAAUGUGACCAGAAUUACCAAAAUCCACCUAUUAGGAUUUCAGGUUCCUCAAAGUAUUACAUUUUUUGUGUUUUUUAUUUUCCUUUUGAUGUAUUGUGUGACAAUAUGUGGAAACCUCCUGAUCAUCACACUGGUGUCCUACAGCAAAUCCCUCCACUCUCCCAUGUACUUCUUCCUCUCCCAUCUGUCUGUAUUAGAUAUCUUACUGACAACCAAUAUUCUUCCCAACAUGAUGAGCACUGUCUUGGUAAAACAAACUACCAUGUCAUUUUCUGAUUGCCUUGCUCAGUUUUUGUUCUGUGUUCUGGUAGAAUGUUCUGAAUGUCUUCUUCUGACAGUGAUGAGUUGGGACAGAUAUUUGGCCAUCUGUAAACCAUUGCAUUAUACUUUAAAAAUGAAUUACCAGGUUUGCUGGAUACUGGUCAUCCUAUGCUGGAUUUUAGGUAUUUUUUUAAUAUUGACUUACACUUUAAAUAUAUCAAAUUUACAAUUCUGUGGUCCCAAUAUCAUUGAUCACUUUUUCUGUGACUUUGAUCCAAUCAUGCAACUCUCCUGCUCUGACACCACUAUUGUUCGAUUGGAAGUGACAGUUUUGGGUUUUAUUUUUGUUGUUUUCCCAUUCUUCACCAUCUUUGUGUCAUAUUCUUAUAUUAUUGCCACCAUUUUGAAAAUCUCAUCUAUUACUGGCAGACAGAAAGUUUUCUCAACAUGUAGCUCUCACCUGACUGUUGUAUCUAUCUAUUAUGGUACCCUGGUUUGUGUUUAUUUGGCACCUAAUAGGGGACAGACACAGACUCUAAAUAAGCUUUUAUCAUUACUGUACACUGUUGUCACUCCAAUGAUGAAUCCAAUUAUAUACAGCCUGAGGAACAAAGAACUUAAAAAGGCUGUUAGAAAAAUCAUCACUGACCUUUUGAUCAUUCAUUUUAAUAAAGAUUAA